CUGACACCUCCAGGAGACCUCCAGGAGACCUCCAGAACCACUCCAGGAGACCUCCAGGACACCGCCGCUCCCCGCUGCAUCCUCUCUCCGACUCCACAAUGGCUCAGAGCGUCGUGCCCCUGGUCAUCGCCUUGCUGGCCGGCUCGCUGGCUCUCAGCAACGCGAACGGAAGCGGAUAUAACAACGUAUUCUGCCAGGGCAAGGCUGAUGGGAUGUACGCAGACACCUCAGACUCCCACUACUUCUACCACUGCUCCAAUUCCCUGACGUACCACAAGCAAUGUCCAGCCACCCUGGUGUUCAACACGGCAAGAAACAGAUGUGACUGGGAUGUUGCAGGCAACGUCGCAGCAGUCACCACCCAGGGAGCCAACAAGCCACUGCUGAACUCGGUAUUCUGCCAGGGCAAGGCCGAUGGGCUGUACGCAAACCCCUUAAACUCCCACACCUUCUACCAAUGCUCCAAUUCCCUGACGUACCUCAAGCAAUGUCCAUCCACCCUGGUGUUCAACCCGGCCAUCAGCGUGUGCGACUGGCCUGUUCCACAUGACGACGCAACAGCAAUCACCCAGGGAGCAACCAAACAAGCGUACGUGGUGGACUUCUGCAAGGCGAAGGUGGACGGGAUGUUCGCGGACCCAGGGAACUCGAACGCCUUCUACCACUGCUCCAACCACUACACCUACUACAAGCUCUGCCAGCAAGGCCUGGUGUUCAACCAGCGGCUCGGGGCUUGCGUGUGGCCAUACCAAGGAGUCUAGGUUGGAGUCACGGGACCUCCAGGAAAUGAAGACGUCUCCUGCAAUGUCACCAUCACCACCACAUCACCAUCAAUUCACUACCAUCACCAUAAUCACCACCACCACCAUCAUCAUCACCACAUCACUACCAUCACCAUAAUCAUCAUGACUACCAUCACCACCACUAUCACUACCAUCACCACCACUCUCACUACCAUCACCACCACUCUCACUACCAUCACCACCACUAUCACUACCAUCACCACCACUAUCACUACCAUCACCACCACAUCACUACCACCACUAUCACUACCAUCACCACCACUCUCACUACCAUCACCACCACUAUCACUACCAUCACCACCACUAUCACUACCAUCACCACCACUCUCACUACCAUCACCACCACUCUCACUACCAUCACCACCACAUCACUACCAUCACCACCACUAUCACUACCAUCACCACCACAUCACUACCGUCACCACCACUCUCACUACCAUCACCACCACUAUCACUACCAUCACCACCACAUCACUAUCAUCACCACCACUAUCACUACCAUCACCAUGAUCAUCAUAGGGGUUGAUGUUGCUACUCACUACUAACAGCACUUACCCCUACAGCCUGCUAGAGGCUACACGGGGGACCUUUGUCUUUGUCUCUAUAGGCACUGCUACUCGCUACUAUCAGCACUUGACCCUGCAGCCUGCUAGAGGCUACACGGGGGAGCUUUCUCUUUGGGGGUUAUACUUUUUGGGCAAUGUGAUUGGUUGGUAUUCCGAAUAAAGUUGAUCGGUGUUCUGCA